AUGCCUGACAUUACCAUCCGCGACGCUCACUACGCGGAGCUUCCCGAGAUGGCGCGCCUCAUGGCCGCCGCCUUUCGGGACGACAACCUGUUUGGCGCGCACAUCCACCCCCACCGCGGCCAGCACCCCGACGACAUGCACCUCUACUGGCUGCGUCGCCUGCGCGUCAAUUUCUGGGACUGGCGCUACGUCUUCCUCGUUGCCGUCCGCCAGACCGACGACCCCUCCUCCUCCUCUGCCACCGGCCCGGAGGAGCUCAUUGUCGGCGUCGCUUUGUGGACGCGCCUCGGCGACGGCGGGCGGGCUCUUGAGCUCUGGCCUUUUGAUCCCCGAAACUUGAUGAAGCCGCUAUCAGCAACCGCCAUGGCGCUGCAUGCCUACCUCUGGCCGAACCGCGCUGCGGACCCCGCGCGGGAAGACGCCAUUGAGCGCGCGUACCCGUGCUUUGGCCCGCCCGCGUGGGCGGGCGCCCGCGCCGAGUCGUGGUACCUGGACGUGCUGGCCGUGCACCCGGAGCGGCAGGGCGGCGGCGUCGGGCGGCGGCUGGUGGCAUGGGGCUUGGAGCGCGCGCAGCGAGACGGCGUGGUGGCGUCGGUGGUGAGCGCGUGGAAGAUGGACGGCUUCUACGAGCGCUGCGGGUUCAACGAGCAGCACGGCAACGCGACGAGCGGCAAAGGGAACCCGCUCAAGGGCAUCGAUGGGGGCAACAUGUUCUGGCGAUGGCCCGAAGAAAGAACGACAUUAUACAAUUCAACCCCCUUCACAGCAUGCUCUACUCUCUGCCAUCCAGUCACUCGCCCGCCUCCAGCUCCGCGAGGCAUACAUGCUAAGAGGAGGCGGAUAUCAGAGGAGACGCAGGAUACCGACGCGGAUGAUGACUAUUAUGAGGACGAAAUCGCCCUGGGAAAACCCCUACUUGACAAGUAA